AUGACUGGAGAUCGGCUAGCUUCAGUGACGGAACGACAUUCUCAUUCUGCUUCACAACAAAAGACAACAAAUGAUUUAGGUUCAUCAACACUGCCUUCACUGUCAAUAUCACCAUUGCUGAAUAGUCCAAGACAUGAGAAAGUCGAUCGACGGUGGACCGUUGGUGCAAUACUUGCAUCUUCGUUCCUCAGUUUGCUGGGAUUUACAAUGACGGGACCAAUCACACCAGCACUGGGGAGAUAUUUCGAGCUCGAAGCUGGCGCUUCAUUUGGCUCGUUGACCUCUGCCUAUCCGAUGGGCAUGUUUGUUGGUGUGUUUAUUUGGCCUGCACUAUCCGACAGGAUUGGAAGGAAACCUGUCAUUGCGCUCUCCCUCUUUGGCAGCGGGCUUGGCCUUACACUUCAGAGCCUCGUGAUUCGGUCUGACGGAUCCCUUUCGUUGUUUUUGGCAAUGAGAAUGCUGACAGGACUUUUUGCCGGAAACAGUCCUGUGAGCAAGGCCCUUCUAGCAGACCUUGGAUUCCAGGAUGGGAACUUGCCAAAGUAUCUUGCACUCAAAGACGCUUCUGCCACGGCCGCAUAUGUCAUUGGACCAGCGGCAGGGGGGAUCAUGUACGAUUUGAUUCACCGACAUAGAACAGGGAAUGCUGAAGACAUGCUUUCGUCGGAUUCUCUAUCUAUAGUAAUUGGAGUCUCUGCAGCUGCAUCAAUCGUAGCUUCCAUGGCUGUGAUGCUGUUCGUCAAGGAAUCAUAUGCAAAAGAGAGGUGGAACAAAAAGAUACGCAACGAUGACACGAACCAGGAUUCCACACCAUUCUCAUUGAUUGCGGCCACCCUAAUGGGGGCGCCUUCCAUUUUCAUUGUUUCAUUUCUAUUCAAUAUUGGAGAUGCCACUUUUCAUGCAUUUUUUGCGCAGCUACUGAAGCACGAUGGUCACUUUGAUGCGAAAAGCAUUGGACUUGUGUACACGUUCAUGGCAUGCAUAAGCUUCUUAAUGUCAGCAACUUCUGUUGGCUCGAUUCUCAAGAAUCAUGGUCCUGUUGCGACAUGCGCAGCAGGACUAUUUAUUGUUUCAACUGGUUUGCUUGGUAUCGGAGCAUCCGCUUUCGGUUCUUCGGCUAGUUUCGCGUGGCGUUGGAUUGUGGCCUUUGCAUCACUUUUCUGCUCUGGAGUAUCGCUGUAUGGUCCAUCCAUUCCUGCAAUGCUAUUUCAGCACGUUGAAGCCAACCAGCGAGGAAAGAUAUUGGGUCUUGAUGGAGCAAUAAACACGAUCGGUCGGGUGAUCGGUCCGAUACUACUUGGAGGUGUAUCCAGUCGCUUAGGCUCUGCAGCUGCUUUUGCAUCGGCUGGCCUCGUUGUUCUUUGUGGAUCAUUUGCUUUGCGUCUGAGUCAUCCAAGAGUAUCUUUGAAACCAUAG